AAUUUGUGAUUGUUGCUCUGGUGUGUGAGAGAGAGAGAGAGAGAGAGAGGAAAGAAGGAUGGGAAAUGGAGAGAUCGAGGGGGCAAACGAGGUGACACCACCACGGACGAAUCGCCAAUAUCAACCUGUGGUCGCCCAUGACAGGGCCGUCCUCGAGAUGUCAUCAAUCCCGCUUGAAUCGUCCUCCUCUAGACUCCCUCGGCCCGAACCCCCUCUCAGGAACAUCAAAAUGAGCUCACAGUCAACUGAUGCAGGGGCAAGCAUGAACAAUGAAUCUUCUUCACAUGCAGGGCCUGGUGGAUCCCUAAGGGAUUCAAAAUUAGAAUUGUUUGGUUUUGAUUCCCUUGUCAAUAUUCUUGGUCUUCGAAGCAUGGCAGGGGAGCAAGUUGCUGCACCGUCCAGUCCAAGAGAUGGUGAAGAUGUUUCCAUCACUCUUGGAGAGCCUAAGAGAACUAAAGUUAGACUUGGGACGUUAAUGGGUGUGUUCGUCCCUUGCUUGCAAAAUAUAUUGGGAAUCAUCUACUAUAUCCGAUUUUCAUGGAUUGUUGGAAUGGCAGGCAUAAGUGAUUCCCUUCUUUUGGUAUCCUUAUGUGGACUAUGCACGUUUUUAACUGGGAUAUCUUUAAGUGCCAUUGCAACUAAUGGUGCUAUGAAGGGUGGUGGACCAUAUUAUCUCAUUGGUCGAGCUCUUGGGCCAGAGGUUGGUGUUAGCAUUGGCUUAUGUUUCUUUCUCGGGAAUGCUGUUGCUGGUGCCCUUUAUGUAUUGGGAGCUGUUGAGACAUUCCUAAAUGCAGUUCCUGCUGCUGGAAUCUUUAGAGAGAGCGCAACAAGUGUAAAUAGUACUUCUAUUGGACAAAAUGUAACUGCGGAGACAAUCUAUAGUCCAAGUUUACAUGAUCUGCAAGUCUAUGGAGUGGUCGUUACCAUUCUUCUUUGCUUUAUUGUAUUUGGGGGCGUGAAAAUUAUCAACCGGGUUGCUCCUGCUUUUCUCAUUCCUGUCCUCUUCUCACUUUUCUGCAUUUUUAUUGGGAUUUUUGCAGCUCCACGACGGGGUGCACCUGAUGGUAUAACUGGAUUGAGUUUGCACACUUUCAAGGAGAAUUGGAGUCCAUUCUAUCAGCGGACAAACAGAGGUGGGAUACCUCAACCUGAUGGAGAAAUAUACUGGAGCUUCAAUGCUCUGGUUGGUCUUUUCUUUCCUGCGGUCACUGGAAUUAUGGCUGGGUCUAACCGUUCUGCAUCGCUAAGAGAUACACAGCGGUCUAUACCAGUUGGAACAUUAGCUGCUACACUUACAACAUCUGCCUUGUAUUUGAUUUCUGUUUUGCUUUUUGGAGCUUUGGCUUUGCGUGAAAAGCUAUUGACAGACAGGCUUCUUACAGCCACAGUUGCUUGGCCAGCUCCAGUUAUCAUUCAUAUUGGGAUCAUAUUGUCUACUCUAGGUGCAGCACUUCAGAGUCUGACAGGAGCUCCUAACUUACUUGCGGCUAUUGCAAAUGAUGACAUCCUUCCAGUUCUUAAAUAUUUUAAGGUUGCUGAGGGUGGUGAGCCACACCUUGCAACAUUGUUCACAGCCUUUAUCUGUAUCGGGUGCGUGAUUAUUGGGAAUCUUGAUCUCAUAACACCUACAAUAACCAUGUUUUUCCUUCUGUGUUAUGCUGGUGUAAAUUUAUCUUGUUUCCUUCUUGACCUGCUCGAUGCUCCAAGCUGGCGCCCACGAUGGAAGUACCACCACUGGAGCCUCUCUCUUUUUGGGGCAUCACUUUGUGUAGUGAUCAUGUUCUUGAUAUCUUGGUCAUUCACUGUGGUCUCUCUGGUUCUUGCGGGUUUGAUAUAUUAUUAUGUGAGCAUUAAGGGAAAAGCUGGAGAUUGGGGUGAUGGUUUCAAAAGUGCAUACUUUCAACUAGCUUUGCGGAGUCUUCGAUCAUUAGGAGCCAGCCAAGUCCACCCGAAGAACUGGUAUCCCAUACCUUUAAUCUUCUGCCGCCCCUGGGGGAAGUUGCCAGAGAAUGUCCCAUGUCAUCCAAAGCUGGCAGAUUUUGCCAACUGCAUGAAAAAGAAAGGACGAGGUAUGUCAAUCUUUGUUUCCAUUCUUGAUGGUGAUUAUUAUGAGAAGGCUGAGGAGGCAAAAAUUGCAUGCCGGCAAUUAAGCACCUAUAUUGAUUACAAACACUGUGAGGGUGUGGCUGAGAUUAUUGUUGCUCCUUCUAUGUCUGAGGGUUUUCGUGGAAUUGUUCAAACCAUGGGCCUUGGAAAUUUGAAACCAAACAUUGUUGUCAUGCGGUAUCCUGAGAUAUGGCGAAGAGAGAACCUCCAUGAAAUACCGGAAACUUUUGUAAGCAUCAUCAAUGACUGUAUAGUUGCUAACAAAGCAGUGGUGAUUGUGAAGGGCUUAGAUGAAUGGCCUGGCGAGUAUCAAAAACAAUAUGGUACAAUCGAUCUCUACUGGAUAGUGAGGGAUGGAGGACUCAUGCUUCUCUUAUCACAACUUUUACUAACUAAAGAGAGCUUUGAAAGCUGUAAAAUACAGGUCUUCUGCAUAGCUGAAGAGGAUACAGAGGCAGAAGAUCUAAAAGCAGAUGUGAGGAAGUUCCUUUACGAUCUUCGGAUGCAGGCAGAGGUGAUUGUGGUGACUAUGGGGGACGUGAAUGUCGAUGGCAGGAAGGAGGACGAGUCAGUUGAGGCAUUUGUAGCAGCUCAGAAGAGGAUAAAAGAGAAAUUUGCAGAGAUGAGGCAAUUGAGAGAGGAAGAGAAACCAGAGACACCACUCGACGUUGAUGAGACUCAAGUGAACAAAUUUCUGUAUACUACAUUGAAACUCAAUUCCACAAUACUCAGGUAUUCAAGAAUGGCAGCAGUAGUGCUGGUCAGCUUGCCGCCACCACCAGUCAGCCAUCCUUCAUAUUGCUACAUGGAGUACAUGGAUCUCCUGGUUGAGAAUGUGCAGAGACUUCUGAUUGUGAGAGGAUACAGGAGAGAUGUGGUCACAUUGUUUACAUAGUCAUGCAGUGAGAUUAUUGGUCAGCUUCCGACACCACCUGUGGACCAUCCUUUAUAUUUCUAUACAAAACACAUGGAUCUUUUUGUUGUGUAUGUAGAAAACUUCUGAGUGUGAGGAGACAAGCGAGGUGGUUACUAUUUACGUAGGCAUAUUCAUUAGAUCUAGUUUUUUCUUUUCCCAUUUUUCCACAUGUAUUUUCUUCAUUGGUUUUAAUUUUAGUUCAAUUUUCCA